GCCGCGCCGUGAGGGCGGUGGCGCUGAGGGGACGGGGCUGCGGUCGGAGGUGGCCGUGCUGCUCCUCUGGGAAGGGCGAACGGGCAGCUGGUGUUUUCCUCCAGGCGAUGUAUUAUCUAAUUGUAGAAAAUACGUAGGCCAUCUCAGCCACAAUCCAGGGAACAAAAGACCAUAUUAAAAAGAUGUUUUGGCAAUACAAGGUGCUUCGGUUCUCCUUAAUAAAGAUGCUUUCUUAGAUAUAACAGGUUUGCUUGAUAGCAAAUGGAUCACACAGCCACACCCUACUGAGAGUUCAUUUCUGCAGCCAUCCUAAAAAGUUUUACAAGGAGCAGCAAUUCUCAGAGAAAACAAUGUUUAAGGUGAUGCAAAUAAUUUACAAAAAUAAAGUGCUCUGUUCCAUAACCCUGGGUGUCUGUGGAUACAGAUCUGCCCAAACACUUCCCAGCUCCAGCCGUGCAUUUGGAUAUUUAUGCCUCAGAUAUUGACAAAGAAAGAGAAAACAUGAGAUGGAACAUAUCAGAAAUAUUAAUAAAGGAAGAGGAAUUUACUGAUGUGUUGCAAAACCUUUCCAAGCUUUGAUUAGGAAGAAGAUAGUGAUAUCCAAAGCUAACAAGUCAGAAGUAAGCUACAAAACCAAACCAGAAUCAUCAAGAACUAAGCGCCAAAGCACAUGACAUCAUUAUGGUAUCACACGAUGGGAUUAAGAAUGCUUGGACAAGAUCACUCUAAGAGCAGCGUGGUGCCAAGUGCAGGUUUCUGGAGCUGUGCAGAACAGCAUGUCAGCACACAGAUGCAGCCUAAUUUCACUCCUGCUGAUGAAUUAGACCAGAGCUUCUUGGUCUGAAGUCCAGAUUCGCGGUUCCAUUCGUUAAAGCCCCACCCACGUUUGGUCACCAGAAUGGGUCCAAGUGUGAUGCCAGGGGAUCAGGUCCAUGGACAAUAGCCAGCAUCACAAACAGCCAGUGAUCACCAGGAAGGACCCCCAUGUGUCCAAGUGUGAUGGAAGUUCUUCAAGACUGACCCUGAAAGGUACCUGGCUCCCUCACAGAAGAGAGGAUGGAAAAAUAAUCAGAUGUUUUCACCACAAAAUGGAGAAGUCAUCUUUAACUUUCCUCAAAAUGUUAUCCUCAUAUGACAACAUGUCAAGUCAUUUGAGUCUGCUGGAUACAAUCAGAUUUAUUGCUACCCUUGAACUCUGAGAGCUCCUAAAAAUUAUCCUGAGCAGUGUCACAUACGAACUAAAACCAGAAAUACUGGGUAAACCAGUUACACUGACACGAAUGAGCCAGGUGAUGAAUUCUGGUAAUCUCCUACCUCACAAGAGAGCAGCACCAAUUGCACAUAUGAAGAUUUUUUUUCUGCAUCCUAUACUUGAAAGAAAGCAUAGAAAAAUAGAAACUAAAGGAAGAUUAUAGAAGUCAGAGAUGCUAAAAAGGAACAGAUCAAGUAUCUCCCUUUGGCCCAAACUUGAAAACUCUGAGGGAACAGAAAGUAAUACACUGUCACUGCUAUGGAGACUGCUGGUCCUUAGAAGCAAUGAAGAGGCAUCCUCAAAGUUACAUUUAUGAGACGUUAUCCUUGUAUGGAGCCUACAAACAAGUACCUGUACAAAUAUGCCUGCCAGGAUUAAAGCUAAAGGAAGUGGAUCCUGUUGCUGUUCUGUGGAGACAGGCAAUGUCAUUCCUUCAGAUUUUUUAAUAUCAUUGCAGAGACGUAUAACUCAGGGCAGGGAGAUGGAAGGCUGUGGAUAGAAGGUCUGUGUACAAACACUGCCUCCCCUCCAACACCCCACGAGAUAAGUGUGGCUGGGAGGAGGAGAACAGCUCGGGGUAAGAGGAACAGUUCUCACACCUGCAGUCAAGAAUUGCUUUUCAGGCAGCUGCACAUGUGAGGUGCAGAGACAACAGCUGAGAGGUGUUUAACAACUGUCUUGUAAUGUUCAGUGAGAUACACCUGUGCACUGCAGAGUUUCCUGCAUGGCCUCUGUCAGAUUUGCCGAGGAAACGGGCCGGGUGUGAGUGCUCAGAGCCCCGUAUCCCCCGCACGAGGGGCCGGAGCGCGCGUUGCCUGCGCCGGGCAGGAGCCCGCAAAACUGAAAGCAGGUACAGGCACUUCCUGCGGGCAGAAUUAAAGAGAGAAAGGGAGUUCUCCUCUGAUCUCCCUCAAAAACCAAUCAGGCCAGAUUAGCCAGGCGUUGAUUCUCCCUCCGUCCCUCCUACACCUUUUUCAGAGGCCCAAUGGCCUUGUCCCUUUGGGAGAUUGACUAGAGUCACAUGAGCUGCACCAAGGGCAGGUAACUCAGGAGAGGGGAAGGGGAAGAAAAAAAAAAAAAAGGAGAGGAAAAAAAAAGCACCAAGGCUAGGCUGAGCUUCUGCCAUGAUGUCAGAGGGAAAGAAACCCACAGCUUGCUAAUUCCACCUCCCAAUCAGCCCCGGGAAGGAGAGCACCGGGAACAGUUGUUUCCCCCUGUGGUCAUGACGGCUUCGCACAGUGACUCUUUGGUGGUGUUGUUUGGGGCAACAGCUGGUGCAUAUGGGGCUAAACUGGGUUCGGAUGAGAGGGAACUAAUUCUCUUGGUGUGGCAAGUUGUGGAUCUACACAGCAAGAAGGUAGGGACACUACACAAAUCCCUGGUGAAAGCAGACAACUUGGACUUAAGUGACCAGUGUCGCGAAGUCAGUGCCUUAACGCCAGAGGGACUGAGCAAAGCCGAACCGCUGGACCGGGUUCUUCAACAGUUUAGUCAGCUGGUAUCCAGUGAUUUGAAAGUACUUGGAAGGAGUUCUUACACACUCUGCAGUGAUGGCCAGUUACUCAUUCGACAAGUCCUCCACCCAGAAACAUCCAAAAAGAACCUGCUGCUGUCAGACUGCUUCUAUUCCUUCUACGACCUGCGCAAAGAAUUCCGCUCUUGCUACCCCAGUUCAGCCGCCGGCAAAGAUCAGACCAUCAAGACCAUGGCAGAAUAUCUAGGCUUAGGGACAGAUGAAGCAGAGGAGGACUUUGGCGUGUGGCAAGUGAAAACCAUGGUGGCCAUCAUUUUCAGCAUGCUCUCUGAAGGUUGUAAUCACGUAUUUACUGAGCCUGAAACUGUGAAACACAAGUAUGAAACAGGCCCUUGUAGUAAAUCUGAAACUGUGGACAGUGAGACAGUAAUACGUGCCAGAGGCUUGCCAUGGCAGUCUUCAGACCAAGAUAUUGCUCGAUUCUUCAAAGGUCUCAAUAUUGCCAAAGGUGGUGUGGCUCUUUGUCUGAAUUCCCAAGGAAGAAGAAAUGGGGAGGCCUUAGUUCGGUUUGUAAAUUCUGAACAGAGAGACCUUGCACUGGAAAGGCAUAAGCAUCACAUGGGCAGCAGAUACAUUGAGGUUUACAAAGCAACUGGAGAGGAAUUCUUAAAAAUUGCAGGAGGCACCUCCAAUGAAGUGGCCCAGUUCUUAUCCAAGGAGAACCAAGUUAUCAUCCGGAUGAGAGGCCUUCCAUUCACUGCUACGCAGGAGGAUGUCCUGGGGUUCCUGGGGCCCGAGUGCCCGGUCACAGGAGGGAAAGAGGGACUUCUCUUUGUCAAGUACCCAGAUGGCAGGCCCACAGGAGAUGCAUUUGUGUUAUUUUCCUGCGAAGAAUAUGCACAAAGUGCGCUUAAAAAGCACAAAGAAAUACUUGGAAAACGUUACAUAGAACUCUUCAGGAGCACAGCAGCAGAAGUCCAACAGGUACUUAAUCGAUAUAUGUCAACACCUCUCAUCCCAACUCUGCCAACUCCCAUCAUCCCAGUCAUCCCCCCCCCCUACACCAUUGCCACGGGCAGUGUCCGGGACUGUGUCCGGCUCCGAGGGCUCCCUUACACUGCGGGCAUCGAUGACAUCCUGGAAUUCAUGGGAGACGCCACCGGUGACAUCAAGCCCCAUGGAGUUCACAUGGUCCUUAAUCAACAGGGACGACCAUCAGGUGAUGCUUUUAUCCAAAUGAAAUCUGCUGACAAAGCCUUUAUGGUGGCUCAAAAAUGUCACAAAAAAAUGAUGAAGGACCGUUAUGUGGAAGUAUUCCAGUGUUCAGGAGAGGAGAUGAACUUUGUUUUAAUGGGUGGCACUUUAAAUCGUAGUGGCUUAUCCCCACCGCCAUGUCUCUCUCCACCAGCUUAUGCUGCUUUCCAGACAGCAGCUGUGAUUCCAGCAGAGGCAGCACUGUACCAGCCACAAGCUCUCUUGCCAACCACCAGGACUCCCCAGGCCUCUGCAGCUGCUCCUCCAGCUGUUACCUACUACCCAGCUCAGGCUGCUCAGCUUUAUAUGAAUUACACAGCUUACUAUCCCAGUCCUCCAGUGUCUCCAACCACAGUGGGGUACAUUGCAGCUCCUCCAGGAGCUGUAGCUGCUGCUGCCACUGCCACCCACACUCCGCUCCUGCCCCAGCCUGGAGCGCUGGUCCGGAUGCAGGGCUUGCCAUACAACACAGGAAUGAAGGAGAUACUCAGCUUCUUCCAGGGCUACCAGUAUGCACCCGAUGACUACAAUGGCCUGAUUCAGCUGAGCGAUCAAGCCAGGAGUGUGUUACAAGCACCGAAAGAGUGGGUCUGUUUGUAACUCUUUGUAACUUCUGAAGAAGCUCCAAGCAGAUUCCAUCCUCAUGCUUUACAACUUUAGUGGCCAGCCCAGUGGCGAGGCACUGGUGACUUUUCCAAGCCUGGAUCUAGCUAAGAAAGCAGUGGCUGAGAAAAAUGGACAGCUCCUGGGAAGCCGCUGUGUAGAAUUGUACCUGGUCUAACCUCUCUCUGGGGGAUGAGGAGAGAAUGUCGCACUCAACACCGUGCCUUUUGCAAAAUAAGAAGUCUUCCCUUGCCACCUGGGCAGCAACAAAUGUGCCUUUUCAGCAUAACAAGUUGGAAUGCAGAGUGGUAAAUGUCCUGUACUUAAUUUGAAAAAUGGUGCAUCCUAUGCCAAAGAUAAAGUGAGAGCAAAAAUUAUGCAGUUAAUUUACUUAAUUUCUAAUGUACUUGUGUAAAAAUAAGUAAACCACUCCUGGCAUGUAGUUAAUUCUGAAGACAGUCUAACAGCACUUCAGCUAUUGCAGCCUUGGGAGAAACUUAGUAGCAUUUGAAGUGGAAAGCGAAGCUUGAGUCAUUCAGAUUCUUCUGUGUUUAGUUUUUAAGAGUUUACACUUGACAAAGUGUCCUGUUUUUUGUAGAGUUUAAAUGUCUUUAGGAAGGUCUUUUGGAAUGCAUGACUUACCCAGUUCAAAGUGUAGAUCAUAUUGAUUUUUGGUUUGUAUUGUUCUUGACUGGAAAAUAUCAGGAUGCUGGACCCCAAAUGCAAUUUUGCUUUUUCAUGUUUUCAUUAGACCUUGUUUUGCAAAAGCCAUAUUUGUUUUUCUUACCAGUGUACUGCUGCCAACAUGCAAAGCAAAAAAAAUAAAACCAACAUCAAAAUCAGAAAAACCCUCCCUGCCUGCCCAUAACUUGCUGCCCCCAGCCACAAACUUAAUCUCUACAGGACAAAAAUGGCACAUAAACCUGAGUACUGAUAAGUUAUAUUUUUUUAUUUAAGCAUAAUAGCUUUCAGAUACUGUAUUAAAGAUUUUGCUCUAGUUUAUGUGCAUGCAAUUUGUUUACAUCUUUAAACUACUUUAUUUGUAUAUUAUGAAACAACAAGAUAUGUUGGAAUCUGAAUUCUCUAGUGCAUGCUUUUUUCUUUUUCCCGUGUGUACAUACAUAAGCUAGAAGUACUUUUAUGUCAUGUAGCAUGUGUUUAAAAAAAGACAUCUGCUGUAGAAGCACUAAAUGACUUUGUUUUUACUGUGCCUUACUUCAAAACCAUUCCAAGUGCAAUACCAGCAGAGCAAAAUGUAAUGAAUUCUGUUGUUGACAUGUUCAUGGAUGUCUGAAUUGAUCCUUUUUGUUAGUGUACAAUUUGAGUUGUACUUUAAAGAACUGAAUGAUGUAUGCUUCUUUAUAUUACAACAAAUAAAAGAGAUGCUUAC